AUGCUAGGAUCGGGCGAGUCAUUUCUUAGGAGUAUAAAAGAAAGCAGUCUCCAGACCGAUUCAGCUGGCAUUGAUCGAGGCAGAGAUCCAGGCAACUGGCGGCGGUCACCUGGUCACCACCUGACUUGUAAAGACACUCUGAACAAGCGCACGAUUGGCAUCGUCCUCAUCCUUGGCAUCACACAACGGCAAACACAAAACCGACCAGCGCAACGAAUGACUGGUCUGCGACAGCCGAUGCGCGAGAUCCUUGACCGUCCGUGCGGGCCUGCGGGCCCCCAACUAUGGAAGAUGCGACCCGACCGGCUGCCGACCCAGUCAGGCUUUUGUGAUUCGCGCGAAUCCCUACAUAUCAUUGAUCCAUUCACGAUGACUCUUGUGCCGUCAGCGCAAAUUUCAACGCGGACAGACAGUUCUGGACCCUGGUCAAAACCGGCCAAUACGCAAACGUGGCGAGCAAACCCCUGUCUCAUGGAGACAGGAGACUUGUCUCAGUUUCAGGACUGGUGA